CGAUCGAUUCGUUCUCGUUCGCCAGCCGUGCACCCGAACGGACUGAACGGCGUCACUGGCUAGCCCGACCCAGAUAAUAUUUUUACUCACUGAUCUAGUAUAUUUUGCGUGUAUCUGAUAUAUUUUGAUCUAUUCAUAAUAUAAUACUGUUAUUUGAUGCAGUAAUCUAGUUUAUAAGGAAAAAAUCGUACCGUAGAUAUUAUAACUACGUAGUAGGAUUAGGUAAUAGUAGUACUACCUAAAUGAAUCCGUGGAGCCUGUAAAAGGAACAUUAACUCAAUAGUGAUAUAAAUUAAGUAAUAAGGAACUGUAUGGACUCUCAAAUUGUGGUUUAUCCUUGUGCAUAAGAUAGAAAACCAGUCGUUUCACUGACUUACGAAAUGAUGAGCCGCCAUGUUGCCUCGGCACAACAGGGCGUGGCGCAUUCGUGAAGCUGUAUAAAAAUAAACUGAAGUAAAAUUUUGUCAGAUUCAUCAUGCCACGCAUUGAUCCGAUCCAAUUAUUAAAUUGCCUCAGUGUACUCCUGUCUCCUGAUGGUGGUAUUAAAAGCAGAGAUGAAGUUCAGAGGCUUGCCAACCUUAUGACAAAAUUUUCAAAAAAAUUGGUAUCUAAGUGCAUAUAUAUUCAAAUAUUGAAAUGUACAGAAACUGAUUUAUUGGGUUUAUUUAUGGGAUCAGGAGGCUGGCGACUUGUUCACAUGUGGCUAACAGAGAGCAUAGUCGCCAAAAAUUGGCCCUUAGUUCGAGAACUAUUAGAGCUUUUGCUAUUAUGUCCUGUCGACAUAGAGCAUUUAAAAACAAAUAAUUGCCCUAAACUCGUCAAAGAAUUGUCCAAGGAGGGCAAUCAAUUUGCUAUUCGAGCACUUGCUUCGAAACUAGUGGAACAAUGGCUUAAAACCGUUAAAGGUGAACCUGUUAUUCCUGUGCAAUCUGCAGAGAUCCCCCAAAUAAUAUUAGACGCACAGAAAGAAAUCAAUACAGACUUAGCUACAAAAAGCGAAGUUCCCGACUUUGACAAAACAGAUCAAGAUGAAUUUGAAAUAAAGCCUGAAAACGUCAAGCAAGAAUUAUCUACUGAGAAAAUAGAAAGUAAUGGACUUGACGACAAAAAAGAAGUGUCAGAUAAAGAAAAAGAAACUUUGCCUGUUUUGAAAAUUACAUUAAAAGAUGGAAAGCAGAUAUUAUCACAAUUGGAUGACGCAGAUAAUAAAGUUACAGAAAAAACUUCGGAUAAGGAGAAACCUAAAGAUAGACAUAAAAGCAAAUCUAAAGAUAAAGAAAAAUCGCAUGAUAGUAGUUCCAAAUCCAGUUCCUCAAAACAUUCGAGUAAAUCUGUAUCUUCUAGUGACAAACAUAGAAAUAGUAAAUCGGAUAGUCCUAGUCACCAUAGCAGUAAGGAUAAGUCUAAAGAUAAAAGUAAACAUUCUUCUCAUAGUUCUAAGACCAAAAGCGAUAGCGGACGCAGAUCCUCUAGUGAAAAAUCCAGCUCUUCCAGUAGCAAAUCAAAAGAAGAACGUAGCAGCAAGUCAUCGUCUGAGAAAAGCAAGAGUAAGGAGAAAACUAAAGAUGAUAAAAGUGAAAAGAAGAAGGAAAGCUCCGAAAAAACAAAUGAAAAGUCUGAUGAAAAACCAGGACCUCCGUCUAUUCAUAAAUUAGGCAAAAUACCGAAAUUGAGUGACGUCAAAAAAGAAAAACCUUCAAUAUCUAUAGAAAUUAGAAAACCAGAUGAACCUAAGCCUAAGACUGUAAAAACGUUUCAUUCUAAAUUUAGAAAGCAUGGUCUUGAAGAAGAAGUUAAACCUCCGCCUAGUCGGGCUUCACUUUUGAAUAAAAAGCCUCCUCCCCCUGCGUUACCACCCACAGUAUCGAUACCUAAAAGACCAUCUCCAGUACAUAACGAAACCCCACCAGAGAAAAAGCCAAAAACUGUCGAACCUGUUGAAAAGCCUGGCGCUAUAAAAUUGAUACCACCUAAACCUAAACCUAUGCUGUUAUUGGAGAGCGACAUGUUUAUGGAUGCCCUUAAUGCAUCAGCAACUAACAAAAAGGAGCCAAAGAAGAGAAAACGACGUACCAGCGGCUCUAAAGAUGGAAAUGCGUCGACUGAUGGCUCCCCGCCGCAUACUCCAAAUUCCAUUACCAGUCCGACAAGCGAAAACAAAUCGGUGCCGCCUAGGUUUUAUCAGGAUACUUUGGAUACGGAAGAGGAUAAAGAUAAAUCAAGCGAUAAGGUUACCGACAGCAAUGACAACAAAGACACGUCGGAUAAAGAAGCUGAGGAAUCCAUGGACACCGCGGAGCCGCACACUUUGACGGUGAAUGGUUUAAAGGGUGUUUUAUGUUAUCACAAGAAGAAAGGUCCCAAGAAGAGCAUAAAGUGGAAACCUGAACCCGAACUGGAAGAGAUUCAAUACUUUGAGCUGGAUGAAACGGAAAGGGUUAAUGUUACUAAGACUUUUACAGAUAUGAAAUAUCUGGAAAGGAUACAUGAAAGAGACGCUUUCCAAAAGGGAAGGAAUCUUAGUAGUGAAGAUGUUAUGGGGGAGAAAACAAGCUGGAAACCACUAAUCCCUAUUGAUACGAAAGGACAAGUGCAUGUUGACCACGGGAAAAAUAGUAAAGAAAAAGACAUUCAAGCUAUUCGGCAGAAAGGUACAUUACAACCCCUUUACUUCCAUAAAUCGAUGAUACCUGAUUCUCCAUUAGAACCUGACACCGAAACGCAUACAUACUCGGAACCAACUACUAUUCCUUUAGAAGAUGUUACUGGUAAUCAAGAUACUACCAGCGACUUCAGGAACAUGCCGUGGCCAGAACCCAAAGGCAAUGCUCCACCAGUAUCGAGUAGCAAUAUUAAUAUGCCAGCAAUGUUUCCGAGUAAUAUGACACAGUUCCCGAACGGCUUUCCACCUACACCCUUCCCAGGCGCGCCUGGUUUUCAAGGACCGCCUGGAAUGGGGCCUGGCGAUUGGCAAAACGGUGUGCCUCCUCAAAUGAUGCCAAAUGGUAUGCCCCCUGGAAUACCACCGGGAGCGCUCGCGCCAGGAGUGAUGCCUCCAGCAAAUAUGCCGCCAGGUAUAAUGAUGACUCCUGAAAGCAUGAUGAUGACUCCAGAAAUGUUCGUAGGCGGCCCUAAUGGCAUGUUUCCUCCUGGAAUGGUUCCAGAUGGGUUCAAUAUGCAGCCGAAUAUGUUUCCUCCCGAUUUCAACAUGACUGGUCCACAGGGACCUCCUGGCGCUGAUGGAUUUUCUGGUCCAGGAAAUUUCCGUGGUUCUAUGAGAGGCCGUGGUUCCAGCGGUCACUGGCGUGGCAAAAACUCGGGCAACUGGGACGGCCCUCAAAGAGGCAGGGGUGGGCAUUCUCGUGGAAGCAAAAGGCCUGUUUGUAUAUAUUUUCAAAGAAAAGGAUCAUGUAGACAAGGCGACAACUGUACGUUUUUACAUCCUGGUGUUAAUUGUCCAUAUUAAACUUAAGUAAUGCUACUGUUGUGUAAUUAUAAUUAGCUUAUAAACCUAUUUUAAACUCGAUAAAUUAUUAAGAGUAUAUUGUCGAGUAAAAUGAAGAUAAGUUAAUUGAUUUGUAAAGACUGGUAAUUAUAUUUUAAUUGUAAAUUUGUACAUAAAAUAGGAUAGCGUUUAUACAAAACGGUGCAAAUAAAAGUUGCAAAUUGAAUUUA